AUUACUUCAACGGUGUUUGACACUCACUAUUUUCUCCAGUUCAAUCGCGUUGGGUUCUCAAGCGUAAUGGCGACGUCGGUCCGACUAGCACCGAUCUCAAGCUUGGCGGUGUCACUCGACAUGCAUCUUGGGCGCGGGCGAGAAGUUACCGCUUCAUCCAACCCGCGAUGGGCUUCCGAGCGCCGCCAAUUCGAUCGAUCCUCACGCAAGACACGAGCUCCGUAUGCUCACAAUGUUGGCGCAAGCUUCUCCGACGGCCAACGCCCUGCCGACAGCCGUUUUCGAACAUGUCCUCGAGCCGACAUGCGGUCGCAGUAGGAAAGCGUAGGAAUUCGUUCAGCAAGGAUUACUUUUGGACAAACUCUACGCUUAGAGAAACUCUCGGGCAGUCGUUGGCGCGGUCAAGAAGGGAUAUUCAAAGCUCGAUCGCCUCGGCCAGGGUAGGGACAGCGGCACCUGCAAGAAGCCCUGAACAGCCUGAACAUGCAGAGACAUCCGAGGACGUGCUGCCGCACCGGCGGCGGAAGAGACGGCGGGAACUGGAAUCGACUGAGAACACAGAGCAGAGUUAUCCCAUUGCACUGGACGCAUCAGCACAAUUGGCAGACAUCUCCUCGAAGCUUCCCCAACGGUCGUUGAAACGAGUCUUCACGACCUAUCUCUCUUUAUCGAAACCCAGACUUUCCUUCCUAGUCGUGCUUACCGCCACCGCCGCAUACUCUCUAUACCCUGUGCCUGGCCUGCUUGCGCCGGCCGCAACCGCUACGCCUUCGCUAUCGACCCUUACUUUGUUCUUCCUCACCUCGGGAACAGCGUUAUGCUCGGCCUCGGCCAACGCUUUCAAUAUGCUCAUGGAGCCUGAGCAUGACGCAAAGAUGAGCCGUACGCGAAACCGCCCGCUCGUGCGCAAACUGAUCAGCACAAGAGGUGCCAUGGUAUUUGCUGUCGCAUGCGGAGCACUCGGCACUGGAGCCUUGUACUAUGGUGUCAACCCGACCACUGCCUUUCUGGGCUUUACGAAUAUCGUGCUAUACGCUGGCUGCUACACUCCAUUGAAACGCAUGCACGUACUCAACACCUGGAUUGGGGCUAUAGUGGGCGGUAUUCCUCCGCUAAUGGGUUGGACCGCGGCAGCAGGACAGUGUGCUCACGACGGUACAUGGCAGGAGUUGCUCUUUGGUGAAAAUAGCGCAGGAGGCUGGCUCUGCGCCGCACUUCUCUUCGCCUGGCAGUUCCCGCACUUCAAUUCUCUUUCAUGGUCCAUCCGCGAGGAAUACAAGUACGCAGGUUACCGCAUGCUGGCCUGGGUUAAUCCUGCGCAGAACGGCCGCGUGGCUCUCCGCUACGCUGUUCUCAUGUUCCCCGUCUGCAUCGGGCUGUCUCUCUGUGGAGUCACGGACAUGAGCUUCAUUGCCACGAGCAGCGUGGUAAAUGGUUGGAUGGUGUGGAAGGCCGUGGAUUUCUGGCGCGAACAGGGCCAUAAGGGAACUGCGAGAGGCCUGUUCUGGGCGAGUGUGUGGCAUCUACCGAUUGUGAUGGUGUUGGCUAUGGCGCAGAAGAAGGGACUGGGUGAGCGUGUAUACAGAAGCAUAUUCGGAUACGCGGAUGACGAGGACGACCUGUACUACGAAGUAGGGCAGUUUGAAGAGGAAGAAGAAAAGGUCAAGGCUGUUGUGGAACGAGGGAGCACUGCGUGAGCCCUUCACAUUCUUUCGUUACGAUAGUAGGUGGUUUCCAUGGGUCGUACUUGCCAUUCUUGCCUGCUCGGUCGAGGAGCCAAGCUGAUUGCUUUCCUAGACGUUGUCAAAUAGUAGCUGUAUCAUAUCAUGUACUGUUAUUGAGAUGAGUCUGGGCUAUUGUCUUGGGUGUUUCUUUGCAAUGUCCGCUCGAUCAUGUGCCAAUACGUCAUGGACUGUAGGUUAAAAAAUGAAACAAUAUAAUCAUCUUACGC